AUGACUCUGCCACACAUCCCCGGAAAUGUGGGGGAACCCCAACCCCCCCAGACAGUGGAGGUCCACAGGCUGGAGCACCACCAGGAGGAAGAGCACAAGGAGGAACGGCAGCACCACCUGCACAUGGGCUCCUCAGUGCAGAGGCGAACCUACCGCAGCAGUGAGGAAGAACAGAAGUUCAGCGCCGCAGACUAUGCCCUGGCAGCGGCUCUGGCUCUGACGUCCACUGAGACAUCAAGGGAGGCCAGAUUGAGACGCCAGACCUCCUCUGUGGAGCUGGAGGAGCGAGGGCAGAAACGGGUGGGCUUUGGCAACGACUUGGAGAAGACCGAGAAGGCCUUCCUGCGGACCCAGCGGCUGCUGCGCCAACGCCGAGACUGGAAGGGCCUGCGACAGAGGACAGAAGCAAAGAUCCGGGAGGCUAAGGAAUUUCAGGAGCUGUGCUCGGGCCGAGGGCCCUGGUUCUGGAUGCCCCUGCGUUCCCACGCCGUCUGGGAGGGCUCCACGGUCCUGCUGACCUGCACCAUCCAGGGCUCGCCUCCACCCCAGGUCACCUGGUACAAAAAUGAUAUUCGCCUUGAUCCCCGCCUCUUUCCUGCCGGAAAGUUUCGAAUCACUAACAACUAUGGGCUGCUGACCCUGGAGAUCAGGAGAUGCACAGUGGAUGAUGCAGCCACCUACUCGGUAAUCGCUAAGAACUCCCAUGGCCAGGCCUCCUCUUUUGCCAAGGUCCUUGUACGGACGUACCUGGGCAAGGAUGCUGGCUUCGAUUCAGAGAUCUUUAAAAGACUGAUGCUGGGACCUGUGGUGGAGUUCACAUCAGUGCUGGCUCCUGUCUUUGCUCGUGAGAAGGAGCCUUUCACUCUGUCCUGCUUGUUUUCGGAAGAUGUAUUAGAUGCUGAGCAAACCAUCCAGUGGUUCCGAGAUGGGAAGCUGCUUAGGCCAUCAGGACGGCGGCAGAUGGCCUAUGCAGACCGCCAGGCUUCCCUGAAGGUGUCCUGUGCCCACAAGGAGGAUGAGGGACUCUACAUGGUGCGGGUGUCCUCACCUUCCGGGCCCCGGGAGCAGAGCGCCUAUGUAUUUGUGAGAGAUGCUUCUGCAGAGAAACCAGGAGCUCCGGGCUCACCACUGAAUGUCCAAUGCCUGGAUGUGAACAGAGACUGCCUGGUUCUGAGUUGGACCCCACCCAGCAACACCCGGGGCAGCGCCAUCACUGGCUAUGUCAUCGAGAGGUGCCAGGGAGAGUCUGGGCAGUGGGUGUCCUGCCAUGAGGCCCCUGGUGAGACCUGUCGGUGUCCAAUCCAAGGGCUUGUUGAAGGUCAGAGCUAUCGGUUUCGGGUGAGAGCCAUCAGCAAAGCUGGCCGCAGUCUCCCAUCUAAAGCCUCGAACUCGGUGAUCAUGGGCGAUAAUGUAAAAGCCCAGACGAAGAAAGAGAUUUCCUUUGAUCUGGGGAACAAGAUCACAAUCAGUACAGAUGACUUUGAAGACUUUGUGGUCCUUCCCUCACCCCCAACCAAUGUCCAUGCCAUGGAGACCUGUGAGUCCUACGUGGUCCUGGGCUGGGAGGAGCCAAGCCCCAAGGGCAAGUCCCCUCUGACAUACUCGGUGGAAAAGUCUGUCAUCGGCAGUGGCACCUGGGAGGCCAUCAGCUCAGAGACACCCGUGAGGUCCCCGAGGUUCUCCCUGUUGGAUCUGGAGAAAGGGAAGUCGUAUGUCUUCAGGGUGCGCGCCAUGAACCAGUACGGCUUGAGCGAUCCCUCAGAGCCCAGUGAGCCAGUGGCCUUGAAGGGGAAACAAGCUCCUCUCCCUCCUCCUGCUCAAGUCCAAGUGCUUCGAGACACCCAGACCUCGGUGUCUCUGAACUGGACUCCUGUAGAAGAAGGCUCCGGGCUCCUAGGUUAUUACAUCUACUCACGGGAGGUGGGAGCAUCUGAGUGGCAAACUGUCAACAACAAGCCCAUUCCAGGAAACAAGUUCAACAUUCCCGGGCUGAGGACAGGGAAGGAAUAUGAGUUUUGUGUGAGGUCCGUGAGUGAGGCCGGAGUAGGGGAGCGCUCUACCCCAACAGAGCCCAUCAGGGUGAAGCAGGCUCUGGCUACUCCCUCUGCUCCAUACGAUUUCACCCUCCUGAACUGUGGAAAGAAUGACAUGGUCAUUGGCUGGAAAGCCCCCAAGCGUUGUGGAGGAGGCAAGAUCCUGGGCUACUUCCUGGACCAGCAUGACUCAGAAGAGCUGGACUGGCACCCGGUCAAUCAGCAGCUUGCCCCUCCCCGGGUCUGCAAGGUCAGCCACCUUCAGGAGGGCCACUUCUAUGAAUUCCGGGCCCGGGCAGCCAACUGGGCAGGAGUUGGAGAGCUGUCAGCGCCCAGCAGCCUGUUCGAGUGUAAAGAGUGGACCAUGCCCCAGCCAGGACCCCCAUAUGAUGUCCGGGCAUCUGAAGUGCGGGCCACCUCCUUAAUGCUGCAGUGGGAGCCGCCACUCUACAUUGGGGCUGGGCCUGUCACUGGCUACCGUGUCAGUUUCCAGGAAGAGGGGUCUGAAGAGUGGAAGCCAGUCUCCCCAGAUGUCAUCACUGCCACCCACCUUAGGAUCUCUGACCUGCAGACAGGGAAGACUUACAUGUUCCAGGUGCAGGCAGUGAAUUCAGCUGGACCAGGGCGACCAUCCAUGCCCUCGGACCCAAUCCUCCUAGAGGACAAGCCAGAGGCCCGGGAAAUUGAGGUCGGGGUGGACAAGGAAGGUUUGAUCUACUUGGCUUUUGAAGCCCCUGAAGCCCCCGACUCCUCCGAGUUCCAGUGGUCCAAGGACUACAAGGGUCCACCAGACCCCCAGAGGGUCAAGACUGAGGAGGGGGCAAAUAAGUCCAAGGUCAUCCUCAAGGAGCCUGAUCUCCAGGAUUUGGGCACCUACUCAGUAGUGGUCACUAAUGCUGAUGAAGACAUCUCUGCCAGUCACACACUGACAGAGGAAGAACUGAACAAGCUGAAGAAACUGAGCCAUGAGAUCCAAAACCCAGUGAUCAAGCUCAUUUCUGGCUGGAAAGUGGACAUCCUUGAACAAGGCGAGGUGCGACUUUGGCUGGAGGUAGAAAAGCUAUCUCCAGCAGCAGAGCUACAUCUGAUUUUCAACGAGAAGGAGAUCUUCAGCUCACCGAAUCGCAAAAUCAAUUUUGACCGGGAGAAGGGCCUGGUGGAAGUGAUCAUCCAGAACUUGUCUGAAGAUGACAAAGGAUCCUACACCGCGCAGCUCCAAGACGGGAAGGCCAAAAACCAGAUCACGCUGGCACUGGUGGAUGACGAUUUUGACAAACUUCUAAGAAAGGCAGAUGCUAAGAGGAGAGACUGGAAGAGAAAACAGGGUCCUUACUUCGAGGAGUACUUGCAGUGGAAGGUCAACGAGGACUGCCAAGUGCUACUGACAUGCAAGGUGACCAACACCAAGAAGGAGACCCGAUUCCAGUGGUUCUUCCAAAAGAAAGAGCUGCUGGAAGGUCAGUAUGACCCCCAGACAGGAGCGGGACUUCUCUGCCUGGAAGAGAUGUCCUCAGAGCACAAGGGCAUUUACAGAACUGUUGUUUCCGAUGAACGAGGGGAGGACGACUCCAUCCUAGACCUUACAGGCGAAGCUCUGGAAGCUGUCUUCACUGAGUUGGGCAGGAUUGGUGCCCUCUCCGCGACCCCACUGGCCAUCCAGGGCACAGAGGAAGGGGUGCGUCUUGUCAGCAAAGUCAAGUACUUCAACGUGGAAUACAUGAAAACCUCCUGGUUCCACAAAGAGAAGCGCCUGGAGAGUGGGGACCGGGUGAAGGCCGGCACCACCCUGAAAGAGAUCUGGCUUCAUAUUCUGGACCCCAAAGACUCUGACAAGGGCAAGUAUACCUUGGAGAUUGCAGCCGGCAAGGAGAAACAGCAGCUCUCAGUGGACCUCUCAGGGCAAGCUUUUGAUGAUGCAGUGGCCGAACACCAGCGACUGAAGGCUGCUGCCAUCAUUGAGAAGAAUCGUGCCAAAGUGGUGAGGGGCCUGCCUGAUGUGGCCACAAUCAUGGAGGAUAAGACCUUGUGCUUAACCUGCGUCAUCUCAGGAGACCCUGCCCCUGAGAUCACAUGGCUGAAGAAUGAGCAACCUGUCCACUUCCUGGACCGAUAUCACAUGGAAGUGAAGGGGUCAGAGGUCACUGUCACCAUUGAGAAGGUCAACUCUGAAGACAGUGGGCGCUAUGGCAUCUUUGUCAAGAACAAGUAUGGUUCAGAGACUGGCCAGGUCACCAUUGGCGUUUUCAAGCAUGGAGAGGAGCCCCAGGAGCUUAAGCUGUGA